ACAGAGCCUGGGGUUCAGUACUGGGAGAGACCUAUUCACUAUAAGGUGCACUCCUAACAAAGAGAACCGUCUGCUAUUUAGAGAAGGGAUAAGAUAAGGAGGACUCUACCGAGGCUGGAACAGUGUUGGAAGCAGUGGAUUGAAAGAGAAAGAAAACAAUAAACCACUGGAUGGAAGUGUAAGGCUGGAAGGAGCAAGUUCCACUAAUCUAAAGUGUGCUGGCUGGGAAAAUAAAAAGAGAGGGGGAUCAGGGAGUUGGCAUCAAGGGAAAAAAAAUACAACCAAACAAGGAGAAGGAGUAAGAGGAAAACCAAGGGGGAGGGCGUGAGGGGGAAGCAUCCCAGAAGGAGAGAAGUUGGCUGUGAUACAUUGUAGCAGCAACGGUUACUGGGAGAAGCAGCAUGUCUCUGUCUGUGCAACAUAAUGGAGUUCUAGAGGACAAAGACAACCUAAUCGAGCUCUUUGUAAAGGCUGGGAUCGAUGGAGAGAGUAUUGGGAACUGCCCCUUCUCACAGAGGCUCUUCAUGAUCCUCUGGCUAAAAGGAGUUGUGUUUAAUGUGACCACGGUUGACUUAAAGAGAAAACCUGCAGAUUUGCAGAACCUCGCUCCAGGUACUCAUCCACCCUUCAUAACCUACAACCAUGAAGUGAAGACUGAUGUAAAUAAGAUAGAAGAGUUCCUUGAGGAAGUAUUGUGCCCUCCAAAGUACCGCAAACUAGCAGCAAGGCACCCAGAGUCCAACACUGCAGGCAUGGACAUAUUUGCCAAAUUUUCAGCCUACAUUAAGAAUUCUCGACCAGAUGCCAAUGAAGCCUCAGAAAGAGGCCUUCUGAAAACUCUACAGAAGCUUAACGACUAUCUCAACUCACCCCUACCAGAUGAGAUUGAUGAAAACUGCAUGGAAGACAUUACAACAUCCAACCGCAAAUUUUUGGAUGGAGAGGAAAUGACCUUAGCAGACUGCAAUCUGCUACCCAAACUCCACAUUGUCAAGGUGGUGACCAAAAAAUAUCGGAACUUCGACAUUCCAAAAUCCAUGACUGGUAUUUGGAGAUAUCUGAGCAACGCGUACAGCAGGGACGAAUUCACCAACACAUGCCCGGGAGACCGUGAGAUUGAAAUUGCCUAUGCAGAUGUAGCCAAAAGGCUCACCAAGUGAACUUGUUGCCCUGGAACCAAGACGAGGCCUUAAAUUCCAUCUGAAAACUGAUCUUAUCUGGAGACACUUGGGGUGGGGUGGGGUGCUAGGGGCACAUUUUUAUUCUCUAUAACUGUUAUUUUCUAAAGCUGAACCCAAUGCAAAUUUUUUUUAAAGCAUUUAAGUCCCAUUUAGGAAAACAUGCUGAUCUGUGAUCUAUUUAUUGGUUUAAAUUCAAAUGUGGAUGUUAAUGAUAUUGUUAACAUUGUUCAAAACUUUACACCCUUUCUGAGAUAAUGUAAUUUUAGUUUAAGUAAACUAAUACUUUCUGUGAAAGGGUAUGCUAUAUUUAUUUGUGUUGAUACCUUCUUUUUCUUUUUAUCUAUAUAUGUUUAGAGGCCUCAGCAGUAUUGUGCCAUACACUAGAGUGUUUUUAUUAUUCCUAAAUGGACCUGUUCUUGGGGUUCUUCCAGGACAAAGGUUAACUGGAUUGCUAUUUUUAUUUUAUCUCUACCCUCCUGUAUGAUGGGAUCAUAGACAAGUCAAUGUAUUGAUUUUAAGGUUGAGUGCAAGUGACCAUGUUUCCUCCUUUUAAAGGGAAGGAUACAUUUUACUUGUUACAUUUUUUCCCUAAUCUUGGCAUCUCCUCCUAAAGAAAAAUCUAGUAACCAGCAGUGUAUAAAAGUGUUAUGUAUUGUAAGUUGGCAUUCAGUGGAUGUUGGGAGACAUUGUAAUGUCCAUCCACUGCUACAAAAUUCUGUUUUUUUUAAAAACACAAUUAUAAUAUUUUGAGGAUUGCUUCUGUGUUUUUGUUUGUGUUUCUUUUGUUUAACUCACACAGCCUGAACUAAUCCAACUUGGAUGGUCUUUUUGACAACUAGUUUAUAUACCAAAUGCCUUAAUUUAAAGACUUAAAGGGAAACUAUAGUGCCAGGAAAACCAACUUGUUUUCCUGGCACUAUAGAUUUCCCCUCUGUCAAGCCCCCCUCCCGUAGUGCUGAAGGGGUUAAUAACACCUACAGUUACUUAUCUUAUCCAGCACAAAUGUCCGCCCAUGCAAUGGCCGCGCUCGCAUUAAGAUCUCCCCAUAGGAAAGCAUUAUUGAAUGCUUUCCUAUAGGGGAAAAUCUGCCGCUGUGGUACUCAUGCAGAAAGUGAGGACGUCCAGCAUCAGAUAAUGGACCAAAUGUCUGUUUCAAUUCUGGAAGUCCCUCUAGUGGCUUUCUGCUAGACAGCCACUAGAGGAGGUGUUAACCCUAAGAGGUAAUUAUUGCAGUUUAUAAAAACUGCUAUAAUUGCCACUGCUGGGUUAAGGGUGGUGGGAGUUUGCACCCAGACCACAUCGAUAAGCUGAAGUGGUUUGGGUGCCUACAGUGUCCCUUUAACAUAGACAUUGUUCAUCCAAACAAAACAUGCGUGAAAAAGAGGACACUGUGUAUAAUCCGUUCCAGUCUCCAUACAGGCUGCCUUUGGUUUUGACUGGUAAAAAAAACAAAACAUUACAAAUAACUAGUAAGAUCUACUUUAGAUUUAUACUUGGGUUCUAUACAUUAAAUGUAGGUUUUGUAGGUGCAACAUGAAAUCCCUCAUGAAGAAUUCAUAAUGAGAUUUCACAUUUUUAGACCAAUAACUAAAUUGCAAUAAAGCCUGCAGAGUUUUUUGUUGUUGUUUUUUUGCCUUAAUUCCAUUUUCAAUUCUAUAUCUAUCUAAUCUCCUAGUUUUGUGAAUAAAUUCUCAUUUUCUGAAUAUUGGUGUGUAAAAUUAGAACACAGAAAAUGCAUGUAAAAAAGCCGUUUACAUGAUUUCCUUUAUGGAAGUGGAAGUGGGACAUAUUUAAAAUCUUGUAUGCCUUGCAGUCUUAGAACGUGUUGGUUGCUUUUAUGAAUUUGUAAUUGCAUUUUGUUGGUACAUCUCCCAUUAUUUGGAUUGGAAACUAAAUCGAUCAAUCACCAUUUACCUCAAACUAUUUAGAAUUGACUCCCUAAUAGAUUAUUUUUAGACUGACACGCAUUCAAAAAACACUGAUUACAUUAAUCAAGAUAAUUAAUGUAGAUCAAAAAAUGAAAAUGUCAUGACUUUAUUUAAAAAAAAAAAUUUUAAGUAGGUUUUCUAAGAAAUAUACUUGACCUAACAAAUUAAUGAAACCUGUGUAAAAAUACAAACAUGACAAAAUUGUUAAACUUGCUUAAGGUUACUGAUUUGGUUUAAACAUUGGGAGAGGCAUGCACUAAUGAAAAAUAAAUACACAUUAAGAGUUAGUAUAUUUUGUGUUUAGCAUUGGUAAUGCUUUAUUAAUCCGUGUGCAGUUAAGUACAUUUAAUUAUUGCACAAAUUCACAAAGUUGUAUAGCCUCUUAGCUGACCUCACAAUAAAACCAAACAGCAAUGUGCUCUUUUGACAUGUUGUUUCUUCAUACAUUUUGGAAAGCUCACUAUAGGAAAGACUAUUUAAAAAAAAAAAAAAAAAAAAUUUUUUUUUUUUUAUUAGUUUACAGCCGAUUAGUACAUGCACCUCUUAAUGUGAUUUGUUGUACUUUUACUAGAAAUCUACAAAAAGGAACACGUAAUGUAUGUAGUAAUGUUGGGAUUAUCCAUAAAACACAUACAGCAGGCUCUGUAUAAGAAAGUGUGCACUACCACUUUGUAGAAAACUGUCAUUAAAGUGUUUUGAGUAUCAUUUACAUCUUAAAUUGCCCUGAAAAAGUAAAAGCUUGCAAUUAAUGUCUGUAAAUUUCCUGAGUAAAUUUGAUAAAUUUGCAUUUAUAAAUAUUUUAAAUAACUUUAAAUCUAUACAUUUACUAGUGGUUAGUUUUGAAGUAGAAGUGCUAAAACUUUUCAUUUAAGUCUGACGCACUCUACAUUGCAUUACAAAGUUCCUUUUAACAUUUCACGUGUACUUACAUUGAGCUGGGAAGGCGAUCACUUUCAAGCCUCACAUUCUGCAGUGAUAAAUAUGCAUGCAUAUAGUGGAACCUCCUGCCCAGAUAGUGGCUUAUUAAAGGGACACUGUAGACACACAGACCACUUCAAUGAGCUGAAGUGCUUUGUCCCUUUUGCACAGUUCCAGAGAAGCUCUAAGUCUGUCCACAGUUGCUGUCUACCAGACAGCCACUAGAGGGCUUCCUGAAUUGAAAUCUUUGGUUUAAUAAAAGUGCUGUUUACUUUGCAUGCCUACAUUCAUUACUAUGCAAAGUGUAGGCAAGUUCUACAGUAUCAGAUGCUAAAGCCGGCAGAGGAUGAUGGGAGAUCUAGUCUAUGACUUAUUCUAUAUUUUUGACAUAGGUUGUCUACUUUUGUACUGUGCUAUUGCCAUGAGUUUACCAAAACUUCUAUGCUCCUGAUAAGACCCCAAAAUUAUAUUUUCUGAAAACUCUGCUUUCAUUUUUUAGUAUGCUUGAUAUUUUGAUGUUGCGUUGUUUCAAUACACACUGACUAAUAAUACGUUUAUACACUGUUUGAUAAUGCACAGUUUUUAAGAGCACUAAGAUCUAUAGUCAUGGAUACAAAGAUCAAGGCAAAUACAAUAUCAAUACUGUACAUUAAAUAUUUUUCUAUUUUCAUUGGCUUACUUCAUUUUACAGAAGCAGCUUGUGUAUAAGUUUUUUUUUUUUACAUUAUAAAUUUAAAAUGUGCCCCUAUUGUAAAUCAAAAGUUUAUUUUUAAUGCAUCAUGUUGUCUAUGUGCGUUAGAAUUAUUAUUAUUUUUUUUAUGCAAAGUCUGUAUUCUAAAACAAAUUACAAAAAUGCUAUUUGUCAAAAGAUAAUUUAAAUGUUAUCUUGAAAGUCAAACAAUGUGGUACGUAUGUUACGUACAUGGAGCUUUUUUUUUUAUUUUUAUUUUUUUUUUUCACAGCCAGAUUUUCCCCCCGCUUUGUCUCUCCUAAUGAUUGGACACUUUAGGCUGAAAAUAAAUUUGUCCAAACUUCUAAGGUCUGCUUUUAUUAACAAAUAAAGAGAUCUUGUA